AUGUGGCUACUAAAGGUCGUGUGGUUGUGGUGCCUUUUGGCUGCGGCCUUCGCGCUACCAGAGGCAAUCGAGAACCGAUCUGGGCUUGUUGAUAUUUUCGCUGACGCGCAAGCACAAGCGCAGGCUCAAGCUCAGGCUCAAGGCCUGGCUCAAGGACUGGCUCAAGCACAGGCUCAAGCCCAGGCUCAAGCACAGGCUCAAGCACAAGCUCAAGCUCAGGCUCAAGCACAGGCGCUAGCACAGGCUCAAGGACUGGCUCAAGCACAAGCUCAAGCUCAGGCUCAAGCACAGGCGCUAGCACAGGCUCAAGGACUGUCUCAAGCCCAGGCUCAAGCACAGGCGCUAGCACAGGCUCAAGGACUGGCUCAAGCACAAGCUCAAGCUCAGGCUCAAGCACAGGCGCUAGCACAGGCUCAAGGACUGGCUCAAGCACAAGCUCAAGCUCAGGCUCAAGCACAGGCGCUAGCACAGGCUCAAGGACUGGCUCAAGGACUGUCUCAAGCCCAGGCUCAAGCACAGGCUCAAGCACAAGCUCAAUCACAAGCUCAAUUGCUAGGACCUGGUUACGACAUCGGUCCACCCAGAGCCUCAAAAUGUCAACAAGUAGGGGACAUGUUCCACGUGCGCACGGAAACCGAUUGCCUCGUCUGCGCAUGCUUCUCCUACUACGGGAAUCUCUACCCCAAAUGCGCCUCCUGCAGCAACUGCCCAGACCCAGCUGUGGACCCGAUACCUAUCCCAGAGCCUCCCGUUGGCCCAUGGUACCCACCCGUCCCUUCGCCAUUGCCUAUACCUGAUUCACCUUGUCCGCCACCGAUAGUCAUCCCCGGGCCGCCACGUCCCUACCCCGUACCAGUUCCAGUGCCGGGGAAGCCCGUGCUGGUGCCUGUACCAGUGCCAGUGCCGUCACCGCCUGAGAAGAUCUACAUCCGCGGGCCGAGCAUCCCGGUACCAGUGCCGUACGAGAAACGCGUGCCCGUUCCGUAUCCGGUGAACAGGCCGUACCCAGUUCCGUCACCGCCGCGGAUUGUGCAAGUGCCGGUGCCCGUGCCGGAAAUCAUCCCGGGGCCGGAGAGACGGGUGCCGAUCCCGGUACCCGUUCCAUCGCCACCGAUUCAGGUGCCGAUCCCCGUGCCCAUCCCCGGACCCACCAGGGACGUGCCUGUGCCGGUCCCCGUUCCAUCGCCGCCCGUGCCCGUCCCGUAUCCAGUUAACCGCUACAUAACUAUCCCUGGCGCGGAUAGAUUGGUACCGGUACCCGUUCCAGUGACAAGAACCAAAUUGUACCCCGUGCCGGUGAUCAUCUAUGUCGCUCCUUUAUGCAGAGGACAGCAGCCUCUAGUACCAUUCCGCUUGCCGGGUGGUGGCUGCAAGAUCUACGUGUGCAAGAUCAAAUAUAAUUACGUGUACCUCGAAACCUCUGUAGAUCCUUUCUGUGGCCCACCACCGGUUAUUGCACCUGUGUCGUUACCUUGGGAUCGUUCUUCGGCAUCAGCCAAUGCCAUUGCACAAGCAAACACUGGUGGAUGGGGUGGCCUAAGUAGUGCCAACGCAGAUGCUCAAGCCAAUGCUAUCUCAGGCGGUUACUUAGGACAAUCUGCUGCCAGCGCCCAAGCCAACGCCUUGGCAAAUGCAUUGGGAAUCAGGACUGCCGAUGCUCAAGCUAAUGCUGCUGCAGAUGCUGCAACUGGAGCUUACGACGGACUCGGUGGUUGGUCUAAUGCCGAUGCAAAUGCUAUAGCAAAUGCUGCUACCGGAGAAUAUGGACGACUUGGAGGAUGGUCGGGCGCUGACGCCAAUGCCGCGGCAAACGCUGCGACCGGGGGUUAUGGAGGACUCGGAUGGUCUAACGCUGAUGCAAACGCCGUAGCGAAUACUGCCACUGGAGGAUAUGAUGGACUUGGAGGAUGGUCUAGUGCUGACGCAAAUGCCGCCGCAAAUGCUGUCACCAGAGGUUAUAGAAGAAUUGGCGAACUUGGAGGAUGGUCUGAUGCUGAUGCAAACGCUGUAGCAAAUGCCGCCACUGAAGGAUAUGGUGGACUUGGUGGAUGGUCCAAUGCUGACGCAAAUGCCGCAGCAAAUGCUGUUACUGGAGCUUAUGGAGGACUUAUUGGACGGUCCAAUGCUGACGGGAAUGCUGCAGCAAAUGCUAUCACUGGAGGUUAUGGAAGACUUGGUGAAUUGUCUAACGCUGAUGCAAAUGCCUUAGCAAAUACCGGCACCGAUAGUUAUGGAAGAAUAGGAGGAUGGUCCAAUGCUGACGCAAAUGCCGCAGCAAAUGCUCUAACCGGAGGCUAUGGAGGACUUGGAGGAUGGUCGAAUGCUGAUGCAAACGCUGCAGCAAAUGCUGUGACUGGCGGUUAUGGAGGACUUGGAGGAUGGGCAAAUGCUGACGCAAACGCUGCCGCAAAUGCUAUUACUGGAGGUUAUGGACGACUUGGUGGUCGGUCCAAUGCUGACGCAAACGCUGCAGCAAAUGCUAUCAGUGCAGGUUAUGGAGGACUUGGUGAAUUGUCUAAUGCUGAUGCAAAUGCCGCAGCAAAUGCUAUCACUGGAGGUUAUGGACGACUUGAUGGACGGUCUAAUGCUGACGCAAACGCUGCAGCAAAUGCUAUCAUUAGCAGUUAUGGAAGAAUGGGAGGAUGGUCCAAUGCUGACGCAAAUGCUGCAGCAAAUGCUCUCACCGGAGGCUAUGGAGGGCUUGGAGGACUUGGAGGAUGGUCCAAUGCUGACGCAAAUGCGGCAGCAAAUGCUCUAACCGGAGGUUAUGGAGGACUGGGAGGAUUAGGAGGAUGGUCCAAUGCAGAUGCAAACGCUGCAGCAAAUGCUGCAACUGGCGGUUAUGGAGGACUUGGAGGAUGGGCCAAUGCUGACGCAAACGCUGCAGCAAAUGCUGUAACUGGCGGUUAUGGAGGACUUGGAGGAUGGGCCAAUGCUGACGCAAACGCUGCAGCAAAUGCUAUAACUGGAGGUUAUGGAGGCCUUGGAGGCUGGUCAAACGCUGAUGCAAAUGCCGCUGCAAAUGCAGCCAACAUUGGCUACGGACCGUUAGGUGUGCUCGGUGGAUGGUCUGGAGGGGAAUCUCAGGCCCAGUCACAAGCUCAGACUUCUAGCUUAGGAGGGUAUGGCGGAGACGCCCUAUCACAAGCCCAAGCACAAACGCAAAGUCUCAACGGUGGAUGGGGAGGCUAUGGUGGAUCUCAAUCUCAAGCCCAAGCUCAAGGACUAGCUGCUGGAUUCAAGAGCGGCGAAGAGAGUAGGAAGAAGAGAGAGCUACGUCUCAGCACGCCAAAAGAUGAUCUCCUAGCACGACUGACUCCAGCCUUAGAGUCAAAC